AUGUCUUCCUCGUCCUUCUUUCACGGCCUGUAUCGCACAAUGUUUUCCGGCCCCGCUGUUUCUGUUGCCGUUGGAUUCGUGUUUUUCUCAAUCUUCCUCAAUAUCCUCUGGCAGCUGCUCCCGAAAAGCAAGUCGGAGCCUCCUCUGGUCUUCCACUGGAUCCCCUUUGUCGGCAAUGCUGUCUCCUAUGGCAUGGAUCCCUUUGAGUUUUACACAAGUUGUCGACAAAAGCACGGCGACAUCUUCACUUUUAUUCUCUUCGGGAGAAAAAUGACCGUGUACCUCGGCAUCGACGGCAACGACUUCAUCCUCAACGGCAAACUACAAGACGUCAAUGCCGAGGAGAUCUACGCGCCUCUUACCACCCCCGUAUUCGGUCGCGACAUCAUCUACGAUUGCCCCAACGCAAAGCUCAUGGAGCAGAAGAAGUUUGUCAAGUUUGGCCUGACCCAGACCGCGCUCUGCUCCUAUGUCCAGUUGAUUGAGCAAGAGACGGCCGAGUACCUCAAAUCAGCCCCUGCCUUCAAGGGUCAAUCUGGGAUCAUCAACAUCCCAGCCGCCAUGGCCGAGAUUACCAUCUACACUGCCGGUAGAGCCCUGCAGGGGAAAGAAGUUCGGCAGAAGUUGACGGCCGAGUUCGCCGAGCUAUACCACGACCUUGACCUAGGCUUCCGACCCAUCAACUUCUUGCUGCCGUGGGCGCCUCUACCGCAAAACCGUCGACGAGAUGCCGCGCACGCCAAGAUGAGAUCCAUCUACAUUGACAUAAUCAACAGGCGUCGCCAGUCCGGCAAACCUCCCAAGGAGGAGGACGUCGACAUGAUCUGGCACCUGAUGGGCUGCAUCUAUAAGAACGGAAAGCAGCUCCCAGACAAGGAGAUUGCUCACAUGAUGAUCACGCUCCUCAUGGCCGGCCAGCACUCGUCGUCGUCGUCUAGCUCAUGGAUCAUGCUGCGCUUGGCCUCGCGGCCCGAUAUUGUGGAGGAGUUGUAUCAGGAACAGAUCCAGAAGCUCGGCUACGAUGCAACUCGGCCCCAACCGCUCCAGUACUCCGACAUUGACAGGCUGCCUCUUCUCCAAAAUGUCAUCAAGGAGACGUUGCGCGUCCACUCCUCCAUCCACUCCCUCAUGCGCAAGGUCAUGAGGCCCAUGCAAGUGCCAAACAGCGAUUACACCAUCACGCCAGACAAGGUGCUCGUGGCCUCGCCAAUCGUCACACAUCUAAGCGAGGAAUACUUUCCCAAUGCCCAGGUCUGGGAUCCGCACCGCUGGGACGACGCCGUCGAAGCAGAGGUGGACGGAGACAUGGUCGACUACGGAUACGGUGCCGUGUCCAAGGGAACACGGAGUCCGUAUCUGCCCUUUGGCGCCGGGCGGCAUCGUUGCAUUGGGGAGAAGUUUGCCUAUGUCAAUCUUUGCACCAUCAUUUCCACGAUGGUCCGGAAUCUGAAGCUCAACACGGUCGAUGGCAAGUCGUGGGUGCCAGCGACGGAUUACACGUCUCUCUUCUCGAGGCCAACACAGCCCGCCGAGGUUCGCUGGGAGCGACGCCUUCCCGAGUCGGCUUGA